CACAAGCAGACCUUUGGGUCUUCCACUAGCAAAGCCUAGCAACCAGCAUCACCACUAUUUCCCUCUCGCUUCGCACUUCACCACUUCACCAUCCCGUCCCUUUAUUCCUCUGAUUUCCCCGCCCUCUCCCGUCCGCACACCUCUUUAUCGCUCCUUCCCUCUACCGUCCCUGGCCUUUCAUUUUGCUCGACCAUCUUUUACCACUCCACAAAACCAUGAACUCCCUCGCUCUGCGAAGGCUCGCAUCUUCACGGAUUUCGCAAGUAGCAAGUUUGCAGACUCGCUCAUUCCACGCAACUAGAUCAGCUGCGAAAAUAUUUGCCUCCGAGCCACUCCGUGCUAAAGAAGCUUCCCCUCAUGUUUCCUCCAAAUAUCCCGUUGUGGAUCAUGAAUACGAUGCCAUUGUUGUAGGCGCUGGCGGGAUUUAA